AUGGAUUCGAAUGAAAUUUUGGACGAUAAGGAUAGUGGUCCUGAAGUUCAAUUGACCUUUCCCAGUUCAGUAAUGAGUCGAAUUGAAGAGUUAAUGGGUGGAACUGAACAGUUUGACAAUGAUGAAUUUGAUGCUGUUGCAUAUAUAAAUAGAGUAUUUCCAACGGAGCAGUCACUUUCAGGAGUAGAGACUGCAGCGGCUCGUUGCGAGUUUCGCCUUGCGUCUAUUCAGCAUGAUAUCCAACGUUUGGUUAGGGAGCAGGCAGCUCAACGAGAAGCUGGACAGGAGGCUUUACUGGAGGCACAACGAUGCAUCACAGAGUUAGCAUUGCAGGUGGCAGAGAUAAACAAAAAGGCGGAGCGCAGCGAGAGUAUGGUGCGCGAGAUAACAGCCGAGAUCAAACAGUUGGACUGCGCGAAGUGGAACCUGACGGCGGCUAUCACCGCUUUGAAUCACCUUCACAUGCUGGCAGGUGGCGCUGCGGAUCUGAGGGUACUGGCGCAGCGGCGCCAAUACAAGGAGCUGGUGCUGCCGUUGCAGGCUAUCAUGGAGGUGCUGCAACACUUCGAGUCCUACCGGGACAUCAAAGAGUUGAACGCUCUCCGGGACGAGGUGCACUCCUUACGCACUCAGCUCGCCACGCAAAUAAUAUCAGAUUUCAAGGACUCUUUCUCGGGCAGUAAAUGCGUCAUUAUGCAGCGCACAUUAGCUGAAGCAUGCGGUGUGGUGGAUGCGUUGGACCCGAAGAUCAAGAAGGAACUCCUCAGCUGGUUCAUUUCUCUUCAACUUCAGGAGUACCAGCACCUGUUCUCCGCGGAGCAAGAGUGCGCGUGGUUGUCCCACAUAGAGCGAAGGUACGCGUGGCUGAAGAAGCACCUCCUCAGCUUCGAGGAGUCGCUCGCAUCAAUGUUCCCCCACGAGUGGCUGCUCAGCGAGCGAAUAGCCCGACACUUCUGCAAGAUAACACGCGAAGAGCUUACAAAAAUAAUGUCAUCGCGUCGCAACGAAGUCGAUGUGAAACUGCUUUUGUAUGCUAUACAAAAGACUUACAACUUCGAAGUAUUACUGCACAAACGGUUUGUCGGUACUGAUUUUACGGGGCCUGAGACUGUCGAUUCGACCGCUGACAAACAAAUCAAUUUCAACGAGGACUCUAAAGAGGGUCAAACCGACGAGGUGCCAGCGAGCGGGUCGCCGUGGGUGGGCCUGAUUGGCGGUUGCUUCGAACCCUACCUAUCGCUCUACAUAACUAGCCUGGACACCAGUCUCCGAUCGCUAAUGGACACAUUUAUACAGGACGCGAAGUCGUCAGAUAUCGGAAGUGGGGCUCCGGGGACCGCUGCGAACGGUGGGAGCGGCGCCGUGAUAGCGAGCUGUGCGGACCUCUUCCUCUUCUACAAGAAGUGUCUAGUGCAGUGCGCCCGACUGACUACCGGGGAGCCUAUGCUAGAGCUGGCGGGUGUGUUCCAAAAGUACCUGCGGGAGUACGCGGGCGGAGUACUACAAGCGGCGCUGCCGCGGUCCGGCCCCGCCCAGCUCUCGCUCGGAGCUCUGGGCUCUGCCACCACGGUGCCCAGCCUCGUCACCAACCUGCACACACUCCUCAGGGACGACGCGACGCCCGCCAGAUACACGAAACAGGAGGUCGCGCGGAUCACAAGUGUGAUAACCACAUCGGAAUACUGUCUUGAGACAACAAUACAUUUAGAGCAAAAGCUCAAAGAGAAGGUUGCCCCGUCGCUGGUUAACAAGAUAGACCUGGCUCCGGAGCAGGAUUUGUUCCAUAAGAUGAUCAGCAACUGCAUACAGAUGCUCGUGCAGGACCUGGAACUGGCCUGUGAGCCAGCUCUGCAAGCCAUGACGAAGAUCUCCUGGCUGCACUUCGACAACGUCGGCGACCAGAGUUCUUACGUCACGCAGAUCAUAAUGCACCUGAAGAACGCGAUACCCACCUUGAGGGACAAUUUGGCGUCUUCGCGCAAAUACUUCACCCAGUUCUGCAUACGGUUCGCGAAUUCGUUCAUACCGAAGUUCAUCCAGAACGUGUACAAGUGCAAGCCGAUAUCCACGGUUGGCUCCGAGCAGCUAUUGCUGGACACGCACAUGUUGAAAACGGCCCUGCUCGAGCUGCCGUCUAUCGGUUCGGAGGUGAAACGCCAAGCGCCCGCGACCUACACCAAGGUGGUGAUAAAGCUGAUGACAAAAGCGGAAAUGAUACUCAAGCUGGUGAUGGCACCGCUGGACGGCAACCUAGAGGGAUUCGUCGCCCAGUUCGUCCAGCUACUGCCAGAAAGCACACUCGUCGAGUUCCACAAGGUCCUCGAUAUGAAAGGCGCGAAGCUGACCAAAGUGCAGAUGAGCUCUCUGGACGCUCGGUUUAAAGAGAUCACCAAAUCUAAUAAGAUAAAAGGGCUAGGUGAGGGUGGAGUUGCAGCCCAUUUGGUUGGCGAAGCGCAGCGUCUCGGUGAAGAGUCCGAAAAAGCAUUAGCUAUCAACGUUUACUUAAGCGACCGAAUCGCGUAUAACAGAACUUUAAAAGAUCAUCGCAACCCUGCAUGUACCCGUGUUAUAUAUGAUGCAGAGUUGCCAUCUGCUUCUGUGAUCAUAAUCUUCCAUAAUGAACCAUAUUCUGUUGUCAUCCGAACUUUAUGGAGUGUGGUGAACAGCGCACGUCGAGAUCAGCCAUGGUACAGGCAUGCCAACUAUAUAGACAGAUCAACUGGAAAAUCUAUGAAUUUGGGAUACCCAGGACAGAACCCAACUUCUCCAUUUGUGUACCUAAAAGAAAUCAUACUGGUUGACGAUAAUUCCACACUUCCCGAACUAAAAGGAAAACUCAGUCAUUACAUACGAACGCGUCUCCCACCAGACCUCAUACGAAUACUAAGAUUACCUGAUCGGGUGGGUUUGACACGAGCCCGACUAGCAGGAAGUCGAAAUGCAACCGCUGACGUUCUAGUCUUCUUAGACUCGCAUUGCGAGGCCAACGAAGACUGGCUUAGGCCUCUACUGCAACGGAUCAAGGAGAAUAGGACUGCAGUGGUCACACCGGUCAUAGAUAUGCUGGAAUCAGACACCCUGGAAUAUCAACCGGGGAACGACGACUUCGAGGUGAACGCUCUUCGGAGUGCGAUUCUGGUCGUCGUCGGUCUCACGAGAGCUCGGUUGGCGGGGGCUCGGUACGCGCAAGGCGAUGUACUCGUGUUUCUGGACGCCCACUGCGAGGCCCAGCCGGACUGGCUUAGGCCGAUGCUGCAGCGUAUCAAGGAGUCCCCCAAGAGCGUCCUGGUACCGAUCAUUGACGUGAUCGAGUCCGGGAAUUUCUACUAUAGCGUGCAGGACCCGGAGGCGUUUCAGAGCAGGGCGCGAUCUGAGGGUGGAGAGACGGUUCGCAGGCAAGGGCUCAUGCGCGCUCGAAUGAACGGCGCGAGGGCGGCUAGGGGUGACGUCCUGGUGUUCCUGGACGCGCACUGUGAGGCCGGGGCGGACUGGCUCCGGCCGCUGCUGCAGAGGAUCCGCCACAAACGGGACGCGGUGCUGACGCCGCUGAUAGACGUGAUCGACCAGGCCACGUUCCGACUGGACGCCGCCGAGCACUUUCAGGUGGGAGGGUUCACUUUUAUGGGACACUUCACCUGGAUAGAGGUGCCCGAGAGAGAGAAGAAGCGACGCGGUUCCAACAUUUCGCCUACGUGGUCUCCGACUAUGGCGGGUGGGCUUUUCGCCAUGAACCGCGCCUACUUCUGGGAGCUGGGCGCCUACGAUGAGCAGAUGGCGGGCUGGGGCGGCGAGAAUCUCGAAAUGUCCUUCAGGAUAUGGCAGUGUGGAGGGACCCUGGAGACCAUACCCUGUUCCCGUGUUGGUCACGUUUUCCGCAACUUCCACCCAUACGGACUGCCAAUGCAGUCUGAUACACAUGGAAUCAACACGGCGCGUAUGGCCGAAGUGUGGAUGGACGACUACGCGGAGCUGUUCUAUUUACAUCGGCCGGAUUUAAGGAAAAACCCGAGCAUAGGCGACGUGACGCACAGGCGGAUCCUUCGAGAAAAGCUGCAGUGCAAAAGCUUCCAGUGGUACCUGGACCACGUUUACAAGGAGAAAUUCGUUCCCGUACGAGACGUGUACGGCUUUGGCAGGUUCGUGAAUCCGUCGAGCGGCCUUUGCCUGGACACCUUGCAGCGGGAAGGGGAGGCUACCCCCCUGGGCGUGUACCCCUGCCACGACACGCUGCAGGCUACUCAGUACCUCUCGCUCUCGCUCACGGGCCAGCUGCGAGACGAGGAGAAGUGCGCCAAGCUGCAGUACACCAGACGGACCCCAGAAGAAGAGGCCGAUAGCGACGGUCGACACGUGCUGAUGGUGUCAUGCCAUGAGAAAACUCGGGGGCAGAAAUGGCGCUACCUGAGCAGCAAGCAGCUGCAGCACGUGGAGAGCGGGCUCUGCCUGGAGGCGGGCUCGCUGGCCGGCGCGGACGUGGCGGCGCGACGUUGCCGCACCGACUCGCCCGCGCAGCGCUGGCUCAUCGACUUCAGCGAGGACAACGGCUUCCUCCACUCCAAUGACGUCGAACCUAGCGAGCAAGAGUUGAAGCUGCAGCGGUUGAGAGGACAGCGACGGAAAUCGCGUUCGCUGCUCUCCUACGAGACGACGAACGAGGCGAAAGAGGCGAGAGAGGCGAAAGAGGCGGAAGAGGCGAGCGAGGUCCCAGAGACGCGAAGGGCGCACGGCAAGUCGAAGAGGCGCGACAAGAAGACGAAGAGGCGCAGCAAGAAGAAGAACAAGUUCAUACUGACGUUGGUGCGCGCUCUGCCCAACGGCACGGAGGAACACCUCGAAGCGGACAUACAUUGCAAGCACCGACGCCUCUACCCGAACAACUCCUUCGUCCGGGACCUCGUUACGGUUCUGAACAAUAACGACGUCAAGGUGAUAAACAACGGUCGAGUUUUCGAACGGAACAAGGUGACCGAGAUAGGCAAAGACCAGAAGGCUGAGAAGGUGCUAAAGAAACUGGACUUGCGGGAUUUGCCAGCGGAACCGAACACGCCAAGACCGCCAGCCCUAAUAAAUCCCCAGAUAGGACAAACGCCUAAUUUGCUGCCUUGGAACGUCCAGAACGUGAAGCCUGGCCGCCUGGUGUCGGAAGAUCAGCGGCCGCCGGAAGCUGUGGGCACUCUCAACGAGGAGGUGGCCAGCUACGACCCUCAGGCGUCGCAGGGGAACAAGAUCAUCGUCGAGGAGUUCGUCGAGGUGAAACCGCUGGGGAGCAACACCGAACCUUCGAAGACGAAGACUAUAAAACGGAAACGCAAACGCAAGAGAACCACCCCCGCGCCCGCACCAGCUUACCGACCCGACGACAUCGAGGAUUCACCCCUCGUGGACCCUCAGAAAAGGGCGCAGCACUGGGACGAUUACUCUGAAAAGUACGACAGGGCCUGGUCGGCGGAAGACAAGGAUGGAGCGAUGACGAUUAACAUCGAGACAGACCACCAUCAGCAGCACGGUUCCAAGCAUCCGCAUACAUCGCCGGGAGUACUUUUGCAGAGGCUACAGCACGGGCGUCCGUUUGUACGAACGCAGACGCAAAACGACCCGCGCGCGGAGAAGUCACGCCAGAUGUCUAGCGAAGUGGAGGCGGGUCCUUCAUAUGGCGCCGACAAGCCGCCGGUGAAGCUGGUGAUGAAGAGCAACCUCACCUUCAACCUCGGCGAAGAAUUCUUCAACUGGAGACGGAACGGCGACGACAUAGCACAUUUGCUGGGAGAGUUGGGCAUACCGGUGAACAUAUCGCGUUCCAUAGAGAACUGGAGGAAAUCUCAGAUCGGCAGUCCGACGUUCGAGCGUCACAACACUACCAAGCUCAACGUACCUGGGGAGGACGAGUCCUCAGGGUCUUCAGAUAGCGUCAGCCAGGAGGUC